AUGAACCUGAAACACUAUCCCACUUUUUCUGGAACUGUCAUCUUGCGAGUGUCUGUGGAGCUGAAUCCCGGUCUGACUCCUCCAUCAGUUCUUCCUCCUGGAGUGGGUCUGGUUCAUGUGCGAGGUCUGGGGCUCAAUGACACGCUGCACUUCUUGCUGUGUAACGCUGGAGCUCCAGCGCUGCUGGUGGUCCACACGAACAGCACUCAGUCUGCAGUGCAGGUGGACUGGCCUGUGUUUAUCAACCGCAGUUCAUCCGGCAGCCUGAGGGUGGAGCCGCAGAGCAGCGUGCAGUACAGCAGCGCACUAGUGUUCACCAGGGUGUGGGAGUAUGAUGAUGUCAAUAACACCGCAGACCCCCAGCAGACGGCAGAGUCCAGCUUUUACCCUCCAUACGAGCUGCAGAACUUCCUCUGGACCCUGAACAUCAGUGCUAACCAGUCGGAUCUCACAGUAACGCUGUGCGGCGGAGAGAAAACGGAGAGCUUCCUCAACGGCUCCCUCUGUCUGCAGUUCUCAGCGUUUGAGUCGGAGGGUCGUGAUAAAGCCUGGCCGAGUCUCCGUCACAACGUUAACUCCUCACAGCUGCACGUGUGGCUGGAUGGCGUGACGCCGCGAGGAAACGACUCCAGAUUCGCUCUUGAGUUUCAGUCUGUUGGUGAAUCCGGGUUUGAGGGACGAGUGGACGUCCACAGCUCUAUAGACGAUGAGUACACACCCUCCAUCUUUAAGGUGUCUCAGUGGGUGUCGUCUCCGGUGAACAGCAGCAGUGUUGUGGGUUAUAAUCAGUGGAAACCCGUGGCGUAUCGUAAACCUCAGCCGGUGUUUGAGGACGCCACACCAUGCAAACACUCCCAGCUCGUGUCUGUGAACCGCAUCCCUCAGUCCGGUCUGGUCCAGGCCUAUUUCACAGACGAUCCUCAUACAUACGGCCUGAACAUCAGCUUCGGCAUCGAUAAAGACCCGGUGUUUUACAGCGACUCCAAAUACAUCAGCUGGACUGUAUUAGUGGGCAUGGGCGAGCCUCCGGCCGAUUCGUUCUCCACGUUAAUCAUUAUUAUCAUCACUGUUGGACUUGGUACUCCUCUGGCCAUCAUUAUUGUGGGUGGAGUGUUUGUUUGGAUCCGCAAGAGGAUGUCGCACUCAUCCGUUUACGAGCCAAUCAACUGAGACCUUACGGUACAAGCCCCGCCCCAUUGCACACACCUGCCAAUCAGUGAUGAGGUUACUGACGAGUGGAUGAGGGAGUUCAAUUUAACUGACCAAUUACACAGAAUAACUCUCUCUGGAUGGGUUUUGAUUUAAAUGUGUUACAUACUGAAUUUUUUUACACCUUUGUCGAUCGCACAUAAAUACUGAAAGUGCAAUGGAGAUAUUAGUUGAUUGUUUUGUUUUUACGCCAUCAUUUUUCAUACUUGAUGUUUGUUUGUGCCAAAAAUCCUGCUUGUAAAAUCGAUUUAAUUGACCAGAUUGAUGACCGCUGCGCACAUUUUAAAGAUUUAAAACAUUAUUUUCUCUUUAAUUCUGAAAUCUAUGCAAAUGCUUUCAUAUUUAAUGGAAACUGCACUGUUGGAGAUUCUCAGGGGUUUGUUUAGUUUUGAUGUUUUUAACAUAACUGUGGUUCGUGGGAGAGUUUAUGGUGAAGGCGUUUUGUAAACGUUCAUUUGCACCAUGUAGAAACACUCUGAAAUCUUCCCUUUUGUUGUUGUUGUUGCCUUUAGUGACUUAUAAAAAUGUAAAUAUGGAUUCAUAAACUUUUCUUUUUCACUAUAUAAAUUUAUUCAACA